AUGAAUUGUCAAUAUGGUGUCGGGAGUAGCACCAACGGGGACAGUGGGUUCGAUGCCGGGGUCGGAGCAUAUGGGAUGUAUCUUGCGAACUGUGGGCGUCCUGCAAACAAAACGCUCCCAGAUACCAUUCAAACAGCAGUGUGCCGACAAAAUAUUAACAUCCCAAAGUUCACUUAUGACUUGUUUUGGGGAGAUGGUUCUUGGUUCUACGAGUACAGUAAAGGAAGUGCUCAGGUCGAUAUCUCAAGUGGAAACAAUAACACUGGAGAGUGUCCUGCCCCCAGCUCUACCACAUCAAUGAUACCUACCACUGGGACCACACAACCGACCUCGACCUCGACGGCCGACCCUGGAUCCGCUAGCACGACCCCGGUUGGGGCGAUCGCUGGAGGUGUGGUUGGCGGUGUGGUCGCGCUUGCUGCUGCUGUGCUCCUAGGUUUCUUUAUCAGUAGGAGGCGAAAGAGCAGAGGAGUCAUCGACCUUACGGAGGAAAACAAAGGGUCGAGUGCGACAUUUGAGCCCUACAACCUAGCUCCCGGAACUACCGCUCAGCCCGUUGCUAUUACACCAUACGCGACUUCAGCUCCGGCUCCAGCUCCCAGCUCCACUGACUGGACUAGCAGUGCAGGAUCACCGCCGCCAACCCAGGCUUCCGGCUCUCGCGCCGCUAAACCAGGCUUGAUUGCACAUAGCCCGCCGAACAGGGCAGAAAUGUACCAGGCUCAGCCUUUGCUCUCUACUGAUGGAGGAUCCUCAUCAAAUAUGGUGGACCGACACGAGGAUUCGGAAGAUCUGACCAGCGCAUUUGGACUUGGUCGUUCGGCUUCGGGUCGACUACCCCCUUCGAUCUUAUCACACCACAGUGUUGUCGGCGUUGCUGCUGCACUAAAGGCGGCAUCCGACCCAUCUUUCACUCCCAAAAAGACCCUUUUCGAUGAGUUCUCACUCAAGGGCCGUGUAGCAAUUGUGACCGGAGGUAAUCGAGGUCUUGGCUUGGAGAUGGCUUUGGCUUUGUGUGAGGCUGGCGCUACUGUUUAUGUGCUUGAUCUCCCACAGUCCCCAGGAGAUGAUUUCGUGGCUACCGCGGAUUACACAAGGAAGCUCGGAUCUACGUUGAAAUAUGUAUCGAUGGACGUCACUGACCAACAAAGUGUUUGGGACAAGGUCGCAGAGAUUGGCGAUGCUGAGAAGCGCGUCAAUGUAUGCGUAGCCGCGGCUAGAGUUUCAGGAGAGUCUGAUUGCCUAGUGUACAAGGCUGACAAUAUACAGCGUAUAAUCAACGUUAACGUCAAUGGUGUAUUCUACUCGGUGCAAGCGGCGGGACAACAGAUGACAAAACAUGGUAUUCCUGGGAGUAUAAUAUUAAUUGCUUCGAUAAGUGGAUCCAUCACAAACCAAGGUCUUGCCUUGACUGCAUAUAACACCAGCAAAUCGGCUGUUUUACAAAUGACAAGGAGUAUGGCAUGCGAACUUAGAAAGCACAAAAUUCGCGUUAAUUCUAUUUCUUCAGGUUAUAUUUACACCAAAAUGAUUGCCGCUUUCGCGGACACCCAACCUGAACUUGCGGAGACAUGGGCAAGCAUGAAUCCGCUCGGUUGUAUUGGCCAACCCGACGAGCUGCGUGGAGUAGUUACAUGGCUGGCUUCAGACGCUUCAACAUUUUGCACAGGUAGCAAUAUACUUGUUAGUGGUGGCCACCAUGCUUGGUGA